AUGGUCGACGGUAAGCAGCGUAAACUCGUAAAAGUUUUGCAUCAGGCAGUUGAACCCAGAUCAUACAUUGUAGAAGAUGAAGCUGGACGUAAAUAUAAGCGAAAUAGGCGUCAUCUAGUGCGCAGACGGGCACAAGCAAAACAUGACAUCAUACAGUCGGGUGACACGGCGUUAACUUCGGACAAACCGAGCGUAGUAGGCAAAGGAGCCAGGAUCAUGCAUACCACUUAUAAUGAUGAAAAUGUAACAGUCACUCUUGUUUCGCGAGGGAAUUUCCAUGAUGCGGAGGUGCGCGUUUCUGGAAACAGGAGCGAUCUAGCUAAGGACUUGGAGUCCUUUGGUCUGCAGGUAGUCGAGAGAAAAAAGAAAGACAAGACUCAGAAACAUAAAGAUAGCGAUUUACCUAGAGUUGGGACGGUGGUGAAGACGAGCUCACCUAUUAGCCAGAAAGAAAGAAAUGAACCAAUGGCUUCGACAAGUUGGGCCGAUGAUAUACCUGAGGAUAAACCCAAUAAUAAAAACAAUAGCAAUAGUAAUGACAAUAAACGACGU